AUGAGCGAUUUCAGAGGAAAUUUAUACCGGCUCGGACGUCGCCCGGGUGAACAAGGUCCGCGUCCUCUGCUGAGUGACCAGGGCAGAGUUGAUAAGUUGGCGACUGGAAAGAACACAUAUACAAACUAUACGACGAAAAACACGCAAAGGCUAACUCUUGCCAAAAAUUCUUUGACAGUUGGAACAUGGAAUGUGCAGACCCUAUGGGCUGCUGGAAAAUUGGAAUUAUUGCGAAACGAAAUGAAACGUUUCACAUAUGAUAUAAUUGGUAUUUCUGAAGUGCGAUGGACAGGAAAAGGUGAAACACCGAAUGGNGACGGUUGGAUAUUUAUAUAG